AUGGAGCGCUUUCAAAUCAGUGGAAACCAAAUUUCUGGUUUACUAAAGACAAUAUCUAUCUAUUUUAAUCUCGUUAUUCUAUCGAUCUGUCUGUCUAUUUGUGUGUCUAUCUAUUUUAAUCUGUCCAUAUCUAUCUAUCUAUCUAUCUAUCUAUCUAUCUAUCUGUCUCAAGUGCAAUGUCUUCUCCUUCUUCUUCUUCUUCUUCUUCUUCUUCUUAUUAUUAUUAUUAUUAUUAUUAUUAUUAUUCCUUCCCCCUUUCUUCUUCUUCCGCCUCCUUCUUCUUCUUCCUUCUCCUCUUCUUCCUUCUUUUUCUUCCUCCUCCUCCUCUUCCUUCUUCCUUCUUUUUCUUCCUCCUUCUUUUUCCUCCUUCUCAUCCUUCUUCUUCUUCUUCUUCUUCUUCUUCUUAUUAUUAUUAUUAUUAUUAUUAUUAUUAUUAUUCCUCCUCUUUCUUCUUCUUCCACCUCAUUCUUCUUCCUUCUCUUCUUCUUCUUCUUCCUCCUUCUUUUUCUUCCUCCUCCUCCUUCUUCUUUUACUUCUUUUUCUUUUUCUUCUUCUUUUUCUUCUUCUUGUUCUCAUUCUUCUUCUUCUUAUUAUUAUUAUUAUUCCUCCUCCUCUUUCUUCUUUUUCUUCCUUCUCCUCUUCCUCAUUCUUUUCUUCCUCCUCCUCCUCCUUCUUCUUCCUCCUCCUCCUUCUUCUUCUUUCUCUUCUUCCUCCUCAUUCUUUUUCUUCCUUCUCCUCCUCCUUCUUCUUCUUCUUUCUCUUCUUCUUUUUCUUCUUCUUCUUAUUAUUAUUCCUCCUCCUCUUUCUUCUUUUUCUUCUUCCUCCUCCUCCUACUCCUCCUUCUUCUUCUUCCUCCUCCUCCUUUUUUCUUCCUCCUCCUCCUCCUUCUUCUUCCUCCUCCUUCUUCUUCUUCUUCUUCUUUUAUCUUCUUCUUCUAGCCAUUAUCUAUCUAUUUUAGUUUGGUCAUUCUAUCGAUCUGCCUGUCUAUCUGUUUAUCUAUCUAUUUUAGUCUGUCCAUAUCUAUCUAUCUAUCUAUCUAUCUAUCUACCUAUUUUAGUUUGGCCAUUCUAUCGAUCUGUCUGUCUAUCUGUGCAUCUAUCUAUUUUAGUCUGUCCAUAUCUAUCUAUCUAUCUAUCUAUUUAUUUUAGUUUGGUCAUUCUAUCGAUCUGCCUGUCUAUCUGUUUAUCUAUCUAUUUUAGUCUGUCCAUAUCUAUCUAUCUAUCUAUCUAUCUAUCUAUCUAUCUAUCUAUUUUAGUCUGUUUCUAUCUAUCUAUCUAUCUAUCUAUCUAUCUAUCUAUCUUUUCAGUCUGUUUUUCUGUCUUUUGUUUCUCUGUUUUAGUUUAUCUAUCUCCUUCUAUCUAUCUAUCUGUCUGUCUGUCUAUUUCUCUGUUCUUAUCCAUAUCUGUUUUACCUAUCCCUUUAUGUUCUUUAAUCCAUCAUCUAUUAAUUCUAUCUAUCUAUAUAUCUAUCUAUCUAUCUAUCUAUCUAUCUUUUCAUCCUAUUAUCAUAUCUAUCUUUUCAUCAUAUCUAUCUCUAUCUAUUUUAUCUAUUUAUAUCUAUCUACCAAUCUAUCUAUCUAUCUGUCUGUCUAUCUAUUUCAAUCUGUUCUUAUCCAUCUAUCUAUCCAUCUACCUAUCCCUUUAUGUUCUUAAUCUAUCAUCUAUUAAUCUCAUUAGAUUAAUUAUCUAUAUAUCUAUUUAUGUAUCUAUCUAUUUCAGUCUGUUCAUAUCUAUCUAUCUAUCUAUCUAUCUAUCUAUCUAUCUAUCUAUCUAUCUAUCUAUCUUUUCAGCCUGUUCAUAUCUAUCUAUCUAUCUAUUUUAUCUAUUUAUAUCUAUCUACCAAUCUAUCUAUCUAUCUGUCUGUCUAUCUAUUUCAAUCUGUUCUUAUCCAUCUAUCUAUCCAUCUACCUAUCCCUUUAUUCUGUUCACAUCUAUCUAUCUAUCUAUCUAUCUAUCUAUCUAUCUAUCUUUUUUCAUGUUCAUAUCUAUCUAUCUAUCUAUUUUAGUUUGUUCAUGUCUAUAUGCCUGUCCCUCUGUUUUAGUCUAUUUAUAUCUAUCUACCAAUCUAUCUAUUAUCUGUCUGUCUAUCUAUUUCAAAUUAUUAAUUAUCUAUCUAUCUAUUUAUGUAUCUAUCUAUUUCAGUCUGUUCAUAUCUAUCUAUCUAUCUAUCUAUCUAUCUAUCUAUCUAUCUAUCUUUUCAGCCUGUUCAUAUCUAUCUAUCUAUCUAUUUUAUCUAUUUAUAUCUAUCUACCAAUCUAUCUAUCUAUCUGUCUGUCUAUCUAUUUCCAAUCUGUUCUUAUCCAUCUAUCUAUCCAUCUACCUAUCCCUUUAUUCUGUUCAUCUAUCUAUCUAUCUAUCUAUCUAUCUAUCUAUCUAUCUUUUCAGCCUGUUCAUAUCUAUCUAUCUAUCUAUUUUACCUAUUUAUAUCUAUCUACCAAUCUAUCUAUCUAUCUGUCUGUCUAUCUAUUUCAAUCUAUUAAUUAUCUAUAUAUCUAUUUAUGUAUCUAUCUAUUUCAGUCUGUUCAUAUCUAUCUAUCUAUCUAUCUAUCUAUCUAUCUAUCUUUUCAGCCUGUUCAUAUCUAUCUAUCUAUCUAUUUUAUCUAUUUAUAUCUAUCUACCAAUCUAUCUAUCUAUCUGUCUGUCUAUCUAUUUCAAUCUGUUCUUAUCCAUCUAUCUAUCCAUCUACCUAUCCCUUUAUGUUCUUAAUCUAUCAUCUAUUAAUCUCAUUAGAUUAAUUAUCUAUAUAUCUAUUUAUGUAUCUAUCUAUUUCAGUCUGUUCAUAUCUAUCUAUCUAUCUAUCUAUCUAUCUAUCUAUCUAUCUAUCUAUCUAUCUAUCUAUCUUUUCAGCCUGUUCAUAUCUAUCUAUCUAUCUAUUUUAUCUCUAUAUGCCUGUCCCUCUGUUUUAGUCUAUUUAUAUCUAUCUACCAAAUCUAUCUAUCUAUCUGUCUGUCUAUCUAUUUCAAUCUGUUCUUAUCCAUCCUCUUCCAUCUACCUAUCCCUUUAUGUUCUUAAUCUAUCAUCUAUUAAUCUCAUUAGAUUAAUUAUCUAUAUAUCUAUUUAUGUAUCUAUCUAUUUCAGUCUGUUCAUAUCUAUCUAUCUAUCUAUAUCUAUCUAUCUAUCUUUCAGCCUGUUCAUAUCUAUCUAUCUAUCUAUUUUAGUUUGUUCAUGUCUAUAUGCCUGUCCCCUCUGUUUUGUUCUAUUUAUAUCUAUCUACCAAUCUAUCUAUCUAUCUGUCUGUCUAUCUAUUUCAAUCUGUUCUUAUCCAUCCCCUCUAUCCAUCUACCUAUCCCUUUAUGUUCUUAAUCUAUCAUCUAUUAAUCUCAUUAGAUUAAUUAUCUAUAUAUCUAUUUAUGUAUCUAUCUAUUUCAGUCUGUUCAUAUCUAUCUAUCUAUCUAUCUAUCUAUCUAUCUAUCUAUCUAUCUAUCUUUUCAGCCUGUUCAUAUCUAUCUAUCUAUCUAUUUUAGUUUGUUCAUGUCUAUAUGCCUGUUUCUCUGUUUUAUCUAUUUAUAUCUAUCUACAAUCUAUCUAUCUAUCUAUUAAUUAUCUAUAUAUCUAUUUAUGUAUCUAUCUAUUUCAGUCUGUUCAUAUCUAUCUAUCUAUCUAUCUAUCUAUCUAUCUAUCUAUCUUUUCAGCCUGUUCAUAUCUAUCUAUCUAUCUAUUUUAUCUAUUUAUAUCUAUCUACCAAUCUAUCUAUCUAUCUGUCUGUCUAUCUAUUUCAAUCUUCUGUUCAUAUUAUUCAUCUAUCUAUCUAUCUAUCUAUCUAUCUAUCUAUUUUAGUCUGUUUCUAUCUAUCUAUCUAUCUAUCUAUCUAUCUAUCUGUCUUCUGUCCAUAUCUAUCUAUCUAUCUAUCUAUCUAUCUAUCUAUCUAUCUUUUCAGCCUGUUCAUAUCUAUCUAUCUAUCUAUUUUAUCUAUUUAUAUCUAUCUACCAAUCUAUCUAUCUAUCUGUCUGUCUAUCUAUUUCAGUCUGUUCAUAUCUAUCUAUCUAUCUAUCUAUCUAUCUAUCUAUCUAUCUAUCUAUCUAUGUAUCUGCCUAACGAUUUUCUCAUACGCGCACAGAUCACGUACCAUCUGACCCACGGGUAUUCAUCUCGAGGGUUAACACUGACAAAGUCGGAAGCGAGGAAACCCAACCCUGUCGGAGUCAUAUCAUUCAUUUGA